AACAUUGGUUUCACCUAUACAGGCAGCGGCACGAACGAUCAGGGAAAUCACUGGUGCUCUCGUAAUUACGGGAAUGACUCAAAUGCCUAUCAUUAUUCCAACCGAGAUGGGAGUUAUUAUUAUUCCAAUCCCAACGGGUCUAAAUAUUAUAACGAUGGAAAAGGGCGUUCUAAGUAUACGCCACCC